CGCACCAAACAUCCACGUAGCUCCAGACAAGGAAACACGAGCUCGGUUACUGCGAUCUGCUUGUUUACCGUGGGCUUAUUGAACGUUACAGCUCAUCAAUAUCCUGGUCAUCAGUUUGUAUGGUAUCUUGGCCCUUGAUGGCAGCAGCUCUAGUGUCCAGAUUACAUGGAAACAGUGGAGUAUUUGGAGGAAAAAGGCAUGGUGUGUGUAUGGGUGUGUGUGUGUGUGUGUGUGUGUGUGUAUGUGUGUGUGUGUGUGUGUUUAGCUUCAUGGUUGGGUUUAAUGGUCAGUCUGUCCUAAAAGCAGCGGGAGUGUGUGUGGGCUGUGGGGGCGUCUUGAUGCUCUCAGACAGGAUGUAGGGGAGGAUCUAUUGGAGCAGGAUUACCCGACCAUUUUUGGCAGCAUACGAUUACACAGACUACAGCUCGCCCCCUCCCUCCCCCUGAGGAUCCAUUUAUGCAGCUCCUGCUGAGCAACCUAUGAAUGCCAAUUAUAAAUGUGGAGAACAGAUAACCGUAAGGUGCGGUGUCUGCCUGCAUUUGUCUGAGAGAACGAAGAGAGGGAGCAGCACAAAUACCGCACAGCCAGACAUCAUGCAAGGAGAAACCUCCCCUCGCUGCAGAGUGCUGAAAUGUUAGGACUGAAGAGCGAGCGUGUCAGAUCAAAUCAGCAGACUGUUUACAUUAGGGGGGGCGAUAAGAGCUGCUUGACACUAGACUCACUAACACCCCGUGUGUGGUUUAAGGCCCCUUUCAAUCACACGCAGGAAAAUCGAGAAAAGACGCGUUAACUCAUCUUUCAUCAGCAGUUUUCUUCCAGUCAGAUUCAGCAAUCCAGAAACGAGCCGAGAUGGAGUGGUCACUAGAGAGUGUGAGGGAGAUGGUGGCUGGAGGGAUGCAGUCUAUAAGAGAGUGUGAGAUCUGUGCGUUUGCAAUAGCCAUGUGUGUGCUGCUGCUGUUUAUGUGGUAUUGUUACAGGGUGGGCCGGGAGCAUGGUUCCAGCCCCUUGCGUGGGAGGUAUCUGGCUGGCCCUGGCCGGAUUGGAGGGGUGGUGGGGGGCUUCAUGAGUUCAGACUGCCGUGGCAGGGGGAAAGGGAAACAUGGGUCAUUGUUAGAAGAGCAGAACGGCUUUGCUUUCUGCCAGUCGUCAGAGUGUUUCCGCUGUACCAGCGCUGGAGAGAGUCUGAACCAGAGGCUUUAUCACAGCCUGCAGGAUUACGCCAAGCGCUACACCUGGUCAGGUAUGGGCAGGGUGCAUAAAGGAGUCCGUGAUCAAGGCCGUUACCUUAACAGCCGACCAACCAUCCAGCGGCCAGAGGUCUUCUUUCUCCCCGACCUACCGUCAGCCCCUUUCUUCUCCAGGGAGGUACAGAGACACGACGUGGAGCUGCUGGAGCAGAGCUUCCCUGCCCUUCUGGCUGAGUUUGAGAGCAUCUACCACCAACCUCCGGCCCGCAGCGGGUCCUCCCUCCCACCAGGGUGGAAAGCCAACAGCACCCCUCGUGGGCAAUGGUGGACCUACUACCUGGUCAACCAAGGCACCCCUCUGGUUCUUAAUGUCAGGAGAUGUCCGCGGGCAUGGAGGGUGCUGGGACAGCUGCGCACCUUCAUUGCCAACAACGUGUUCGGCAACGCCUGCUUCUCUGUGCUGACGCCCGGAGCUCUGAUCACUGAGCAUUACGGUCCAACGAAUGUCAGACUGCGCUGCCACCUGGGUCUCAGAGUGCCCCCUUCCUGUGAGCUUGUAGUUGGUGGAGAGCCACAGUGCUGGUCCGAGGGUAGCUGUCUGCUUUUCGACGACUCCUUCCUCCACAGGGCCUUUCACGAGGGCAACGCAGAGGAUGGCCCCAGAGUGGUCUUCAUGGUGGACCUCUGGCACCCCAACGUGGCUGCUGCUGAGAGACAAGCCUUGGACUACAUUUUUACUCCAGGCCGUUUAGAGGACAAAGAAGGGAAAUAGGUAUGAGUGAAAAACCAUGUCCUAGUGAGAGACAGAUGGCCUUUAGGACAGUGUCUGUAGGAUUGGGGAGCAACUCUUUUUCUGCCUCCAGACCAGCUCUCACAUUCACUGUGUACAUAUUCUCCGGCUCAUACACUAUCUCUCAUAACUCUCCUUAGCAGAUGACUAAACAUUGGGCCUCUUUUAUCCAUCAUGUUUCUGUUUUUGCCUGUGUAGUAAAAGACAACCACACCUGAUCGUACUUACAUUUUUCAAAACUUAGUAGGUGCACGAUUGUUCCUGCAUCCAUUUUAUUAGUGUCUAUUAUUACCACAGCAGUGACAUUUUAGGUUAUUUGUUGUUGUUAAUUUAUUUUAAAUCAUUGAAUGUUCUUUGAAUUUCCACAUAAAUGAAUAAUUUGACUGAACACUAAAACCUUUGUCCAGCAGCAAAUUUCACAUUCCCAUUUCCCUCUAAACUUGGGCCAGUUCUGGAACAAAUUUAUUUCUGAGAUUCUAAGUACAGUUUAUAUCAGUUUUAUUUUGGUUGUGGCUUAAAACAGCUGAAUAGUUUUCUAAUAGAGAGCAGAGUGCGCCACAGAUAUGAUAAAUGAUUCUUGGCGAGCCCAACAAUCUUUCUGUUAUGCUUCACAGCAUAAAUAGCUCUGUAGGCCAAACCAUUCUAAUAGCUAUACAUGAACCGGAGUCACUGAGUAAAGCAUUUAUGGGCCCCAAACUCUUCCCAGGCAUUAGGAUAGACACAACACAACAACACAUUACUUUACACUUAACAUCUAACACCUAUUACUAAUUCUUUUACACUUACUGUAACACCUACAUACAUUUCCGCAAGGGCUAAGAAAUUUGAUCAUUCAACUUUUUUAUAUGACUCAACAUGUCCAGUCCCCCCGUCAAAUUAAAAUUUCGAUUCUAACCAAGACACGACUGUCAGUGGGUUUACACAUUUGUGCGACGGACUUUCGACUGUUUGAAUUUCGAUGAAUGACUGGACAGUGAUUGUAACAUCCGUUAGCAUCCGAAGAAAUGCUGAAGCUGAAGGAACCGCUGCUAGAGCACAGGUUGACACAUUAAGCCAAAGUCAGUGACAGAAAGAUUAGUUACAGGUUGCACAGUUGGGAUUUUAGGACAUUCUAACUAAACUGGCAUUUGUUUAUGGAUAAAUAAACUAAUUGCAUUGCAGAUAGUGCUACUGUAUGUUGUCAGUGUUGUAAUAUUUACAAUGAAAUGUUCUUGUGUUUAUUGUUAUGCAGGCAUACAGAUUCAUCCAUACGUGGUGUGAUAACUGAGGUCCAAUGUCAGUCAUGACGUGAAUGUUUACAGACACAGCUCAAGUCUCUGUCACGACUCCUGCCGGUGUAGUAGUUUAUUUGUGCUCCCCUUUGAAAAUCAGUCGCUUUCUCAAGACAUGGUUAGAGAAGCACAUUUUUAAGUCAAAUUGUGUGAGUCAGCCUGUGCUGUAAACCUGGAGAUGAAGUGUUUUUGGUAAAUUUACUAAACUCUUGUAAUUUGGUUGUAUUUGAUAUCAGGUUUGUAUUUCUGUAAAUAGGGUUAAGGUUAAAAAAAAAACUGAACAGUCUGAGAUGUUUUGAAAUGAUUGUCUUAAAUGCUAUUAACUAUUGUGUUGUCUUGAUUUACAGCUAAAGUGAUUGCAUUUCAUUCUCCGUUCUCAAAAAGCCAACCACCACAUCAUUUUGAUAGAUUAAAUUUGUAGAUUCUGUAAAAUGUUUAUGAAGUAUUAUCUCUGUUGUUCUGUGAUGUUUUUAUUUCAUCACUCUGUAAGUUUUGCAGCGCCACAUGGUAUCCAUUAUUAAAGCCACAAUCCUUAACUCCUC